AUGGACAUCUCCUUCCUCUUCCUCCUCUUCCUCCUCCUCCCAAUCCUUCUCAUCCUCCAUAAGAAAAACUCGUCUCCAACCCAAACCAACUUCACCCCACUCCAUCCCUACCCAAUACUCGGCAACAUCCCCCACAUUUUCAAGAACCGUUCACGCAUGCUCGACUGGGCUUCUGAUCUCAUCCCUCUCAGCCCCACCUUCACCUCCACCGUCUCCCCCUUCAUCUUCACCGCCAACCCUUCCAACAUCCAACACAUCCUCCACUCCAACUUCGACAACUACCCAAAGGGCGGCUUUGUCUCCUCCGCCAUGCACGAUUUCCUCGGCCACGGCAUCUUCAACUCCAACGGCCCUCUCUGGCGUCUCCAACGCAAGACCGCCAGCUUCGAAUUCAACACCAAGUCCAUCCGUUCCUUCAUCUUCGAUAUAGUCCUCCGGGAAACCAUCCAAGUCCUCAUCCCAAUCCUCGAUCACUCGAUCACAACCAACAAAAUCCUCGAUCUCCAAGACCUACUCGAACGCUUCGCCUUCGACAAUAUCUGCAACCUUGCCUUCGGCUACAACCCUGAGUCUCUCGCCGGUACCAGUGACGAGGGCCUCAGAUUCUUCCACGCCUUUGAUGAAGCCUCCCACAUCGUCGUCAAACGCACCGGCAGCACCAUUCCCUGGCAAAUCAAGAAGCUUCUUAAUGUUGGUUCCGAGAAAAGAUUCAGACAAUCGCAAGGAAUAGUAAAUGAGAUGGUGUCUAAGUUCGUGAGGUUAAGAAGGAAACAAGAUGAUCUUCUUUCUCGUUUCGCUGAUGAUCCUAGUAAUUCUGAUGAACUGUUACUUGAUAUUAGCAUCAACUUCAUGAUUGCCGGCCGUGAUACUACUCCCACAGCCUUGACUUGGUUUUUCUGGAUCUUAUCUUCAAGACCAAAAAUAGUCAAACAAAUCUUGGCGGAGAUCAAAUCAGUAAGAGAGAAGAAGAACGACAACAAAGAUGAGUUUUUUGAGUUUGAGGAGUUACGAGAGAUGCAUUACUUGCACGCGGCGUUGUCGGAGACGAUGAGGUUGUACCCGCCGGUGCCGUUGUUGCUGCGGGUGGCAGUGAACGAUGACGUGUUGCCGGAUGGGACGGGAGUGAAAAAGGGGUGGUACGUGAUGUAUAACUCGUAUGUGAUGGGGAGGAUGAAGAGUUUAUGGGGGGAAGAUUGCAUGGAGGUGAGGCCGGAGAGGUGGUUGGUGGAUGGGGUUUACCGGCCGGUGAGUUCUUAUAAGUAUCCGGUGUUUCAUGGAGGGCCAAGAGUUUGUCUUGGAAAAGAGAUGGCGUAUAUUCAGAUGAAGGCAGUGGUUGCUUGUGUUUUGGAGAGGUUUGAGAUUGAGGUGGUGGAGGAGCGUGGGGAGCCACAGCUUUCCAUGACCAUGAGGAUGAAGGGUGGCUUGCCUGUCAGGGUCAAGCAUAGAAACAACAACACUGUUUGA